UUUAAUCUGUGGCAGUAUGUCUCUUAGUGUCAUGUCAUAUAAAACGUAUAAGUCUCUCUUCUGAAGUGAAUUGUAAUAUAUAUUCGGACUCUUAACAUUUAUUUAUAUAUUAUUACCAAGUUCGUUUGUGUCUUGGCUACGGGUCGGCGAAUUCCAUUGAGCCCAUCGGCCAUAUGACGGCGGAGAGCGCGCAGUGAAACACACAUACACACAAACAGACAAACAUGUCGUCGAAGGCCAUAUACGAGGCGACCGGCAAAGAUCUAAUCAACAGGCACAUAGCGCCAGGGACAGCGUUGGUGCCGUGCCGGUUCGCGACCUUCGAGCAGAACACCGUGUGGGAAGACGAGCUCGGCAAGAACCCAUGGCUCUCCAAAGAGCAAUUGGUCGUGAAGCCCGACCAGCUGAUCAAGCGUCGCGGCAAGCUCGGCCUGGUCGGCGUGAACAAGUCCGCGGGCGACGUGCGCCGCUGGCUCAGCGAGCACAUGGGCAAGGAGCAGGCCGUCGGCGCCGCCGUCGGGAAACUCAGACACUUCAUCGUGGAACCCUUCGUCAAACACGACGCGAAUGAGGAGAUGUACAUUUGCAUACAGUCGGGCAGACGCACAGACACCAUCCUGUUCCACCACCAGGGAGGCGUGGAUGUCGGCGAUGUUGACGCUUUGGCCGUCCGGCUCGAGGUAGCGGUAGACACAUUCCCCACCGGAGAAGAAAUCGAUAGGACUCUGCUCAAAAACAUCAAGUCUGCUUCCACUAAAAGGAUAUUGACGACCUUCAUCCUCUCCCUCUACCGCGUAUACGUGGACCUAUACUUCACGUAUAUGGAGAUCAACCCCAUCGUGAUCACCAACGAGCGCAUCUACCUGCUGGACCUGGCGGCCAAGCUGGACCAGACGGCGGACUUCAUCUGCGCCAAGAACUGGGGCUCCGUCACCUUCCCUCCUCCGUUUGGGCGCGACGCCUACCCUGAGGAGGCGCACAUCGCGGACUUGGACGCCAAGAGUGGAGCUAGUCUUAAGCUGACGAUCCUGAACAAGUCGGGGCGCAUCUGGACCAUGGUGGCGGGCGGCGGCGCGUCCGUCGUCUACACCGACACCAUCUGCGAGCUGGGCGGCGCCGCCGAGCUGGCCAACUACGGCGAGUACUCGGGCGCGCCCACGGAGUCGCAGACGGCCGACUACGCCAAGACCAUCUUCAGCCUCAUGUGCCGCGAGAAGCACCCCAACGGGAAGGUCCUGAUCAUAGGUGGCGGUAUCGCCAACUUCACGAACGUGGCUGACACGUUCCGCGGCAUCAUCACCGCGAUCGACACCUACAAGGACGCUCUCAUACAAUACAACAUCACCAUCUUCGUGAGGAGAGGAGGCCCCAACUACCAGGAGGGACUUAGGCAAAUGCGCGAAGUCGGGCACCGCCUCCGCAUCCCCCUGUACGUGUUCGGGCCCGAGGCCAACAUGACGGCCAUCGUGGGGCUGGCGCUCGGCCACUCGCCCAUCCCCAAGGAGCACCAGCUGGACUACGCGCCUAAGCAGCUGCCUAAACCUAUACCCUGCCCCAAGCCCAAGAUCGAGCUGCCCGAGCUGACCCCCAAGCUGCUGGAGCUGGUGUGCUCGCAGUCGCCCACGCGCGGCGAGCUGGGCCAGCCGCUGUGCACCGCCAAGCCGCUCUUCAGCGACCGCACCAAGGCCAUCAUCUGGGGCAUGCAGAACCGCGCCAUCCAGGGCAUGCUGGACUUCGACUACAUCUGCCGCCGCGCGGAGCCGUCCGUGGUCGCCAUCGUGUACCCCUUCACCGCCGACCACAAGCAGAAGUACUACUUCGGCAACAAGGAGGUCUUCAUUCCCGUGUUCUCUGACAUGGACGUGGCGAUGCGCAAGCACCAGGAGGCGACCGUGCUUGUCAACUUCGCUUCGCUCCGUUCCGCCUAUGACAGCACCAUGCAGGCUAUGCAGCACCCCCAGAUCAACACGAUCGUGAUCAUCGCUGAAGGCAUCCCCGAGAACAUGACCAGGAAGAUCAUCAAGCUGGCUGACGCGAGAGGCGUGAACAUCAUCGGCCCCGCUACCGUCGGCGGCAUCAAGCCGGGCUGCUUCAAGAUCGGCAACACGGCCGGCAUGAUCGACAACAUCGUCGACAGCAAGCUCUACAGGCCCGGCAGUGUGGCCUACGUGUCCCGUUCAGGCGGUAUGAGCAACGAGCUGAACAACAUCAUCUCCAAAGAAGCUGACGGCGUCUGCGAGGGAGUUGCUAUUGGAGGAGACCGCUACCCUGGCACCACCUUCAUCGACCAUCUGCUGAGAUUCGAAGCUGACCCCAACGUGAAGAUGCUAGUGCUGCUUGGAGAAGUCGGCGGUGUGGAGGAGUACCACGUGUGUCGCGCCAUCAAGGAGGGCCGCAUCAAGAAACCCAUGGUCGCCUGGUGCAUCGGCACAUGCUCAGACAUGUUCACCUCUGAAGUCCAAUUCGGCCACGCCGGUUCUCUCGCCGGCUCUGCCUUAGAAAAGGCCUUCGCCAAGAACCAGGGCCUCAAGGCCUAUGGCGUCACCGUACCUGAGAGUUUCGACAGUCUGGGCGCCGCGGUCCGGCAGGUGUACCAGAAGCUGGUGCAGGAGGGCAAGAUCAUAGUCAAGGAGGAGGAGGAACCGCCGAAGGUGCCCAUGGACUACGAUUGGGCGAGGAAACUGGGUCUGAUCCGCAAGCCGGCGGCGUUCAUCAGCACCAUCUGCGACGAGCGCGGUCAGGAGCUCACGUACUGCGGGAUGCCCAUUAGCCAGGUCUUGGAGAAGCAGCUCGGAGUCGGAGGCACCAUCAGUUUGCUGUGGUUCCAGCGCGAGCUGCCCGACUGGGCGUGCAAGUUCUUCGAGCUGGUGCUGAUCGUGACGGCCGACCACGGGCCCGCCGUGUCCGGCGCGCACAACACCAUGGUCACGGCGCGCGCCGGCAAGGACCUCAUCUCCUCCGUCGUCAGCGGCCUGCUCACCAUCGGCGACCGUUUCGGAGGCGCGUUGGACCGCGCCGCGAUCGACUUCUGCGCGGCCUACGACAAGGGGCAGCAUCCGCAAGAGUUCGUCAACGAGAAGAGAGCCAAGGGCGAGCUUAUCAUGGGCAUCGGACACAGAGUAAAAUCCAUCAACAACCCCGACUCCCGAGUCCGCGAGCUGAAGGCGUACGUGACGGCGCGGUGGCCCGCGUGGCCCGUGACGCGCUACGCGCUCGACGUUGAAGCCGUCACAACGCGCAAGAAGCCCAACCUCAUCCUCAACGUGGACGGCAUCAUCGCUGCCGCCAUGGUGGAUCUCUUCAGGCAUACCAACCUGUUCACUACCGAGGAGGGCAACAACUACAUCCAGAUGGGCACGAUCAACGCGCUGUUCGUGCUGGGCCGCUCCAUCGGUCUCAUCGGCCACUACCUGGACCAGAAGCGCAUGAAGCAGCCCCUCUACCGCCACCCGUGGGACGACAUCACCUACAUGUCGCCGCUCAACUAAGGUCUAUAAUUAUAUCAUUACCUGACGUGCUUCAACUGGUAGUCAAUUAGAUUAAUCUGGGUAAGACCUGGUAAAUCUUGUCUAUAGCGGAAAAUUGUCGUUGUAUACAAUAUUUCAACGUCUCCUUCAGAUAGAAAAUUCAUGAAAUAAAAUGUGUAAUAUUUGAUAAAUUAUAAUAUGCGCAAUAUAGAAAUCAAUAUUUUCGAGCAAUAAGUCCCUAAAUGUAUAAAUCGCUUAAUGGUAUCGUAAUAUAUUUGUAGCUGAUAUUCUAAAAGCACGCCAGGUAAUAUGAAAUGGAAUGUAACAAGGUAGCGUUGUAGAGUGCAGUCCAAAAUUAAUUUCACCAUUAAAAAAACUAUUACCCUCAAAAGUCAUGAUUUAAAUUGACAAAGAGAUCGUCAAAGGAUAUUAACUCAUUAGAACAAGUCGGUGUCAUGCUCUAUGAAAUAAAAAAUGUCAAAAAUUUAGGACAGCACCUACAUUGCAUCUGCAAGUUUUCGUCAACUUUCUGGUUCCUUUAAAUUAGAAGUUUUAAACGGAACCUGACGUGGAUGUAAACUAUAUAAAUAAAUAAUUAGUUAAGUAUUUAUGGGGUUAGUAUGUGUAAUUGUUGUAGUGUCGGAUGUGGAUAAGUGCUUCGGAUUAUCUAAUAUUCUACUAGAUAACUUUUCGAACUGGUUUAUAGAGUUGUCUAGUAAAGUAUAAGAGGUCUGUUAUUAAUUUUUUUGACUCUAUGGUGCAGAAGGUAGAUGCUUUUUUAUUUCGCCGUUCGCCGUUUAAAUAAAAUUAUUAAUUGAUACCUUGACUUGAAUCUUAUCUUAUACCUUGAAACGAGCAAUUCUUGUAUACAUGUAUAAUAAUAUAUCUCGGAAACGGCUCUAACGAUUGUGAUGAAUUUUACUAUAUGGGGGUUUCAGGGGCGCAGAAUGGAUUUACCUAGAUCUUAUUUCUGGGAAAACGCGCAUUUUUGAGCUUUUGUGUUUUCCGAGCGGAGCUCGGUCUUCCAGAUGUUUGAUACUAAUUAAUAUAAUGUAUUGUUGAAUUUAAAAAUAUUCCCAACGCAUUUGUUAAUAUAGCUUAUGGAUUUUUUUUUAUAAUAUAAUGAUUCAGUAUCCAUUGUGCUCGUAAGAUCGAUUCAAAAUACGCAUUAUAAUAUUCACUGCCCAAUAUUUUAUUAACAUUUUGAAAUUAUCUUUAAUAAUAAUAUUUAAAAUGCGGACGGUAUCUAACACUGUCCAUUCCAGAAAUCAAAGUUGUUGGAAAAAUGAUUUUUUAUUUUUAAAUAACUUAUUGAAGAAAAAUAUUAACGUAAGUCACAAUCGUCAUAUUUUCUUAUGAAGAAAAUUGUUUACUUGGGUGUUUGGACAAAAAAUGUAUUUUAAUUAGAUUUCUUAUUUUAUAUAAUAUUAAUUAAUUUUUAUUAGUCAAAGUCAAUACAUCGCUCUCCGGUGAAUUAAUUCAUAAUUUAAACUACCGAACAAAAACUGGGAUUUUUGUAUAUCUGUAAUUAUUUUUUUUAUAUUUUAUAAUAACUGCCAUUUAUUUGUGCAAACAACUCAAGAAUUUAUUUUAUAAGUACAACGCUUAGAUCUGAUGCUAAGUUAAAAUGUUUUUAUGCAGUAAGUUUUUCAAUAAACUAUGACACUGUA